UGAACAUAAAUACUUACUUAACAAGUAAACGAAUCCUUGACCCUCCCUCAUGCUCUACAGCCGGUGAGGAGUCCUGUCCAUUUUACUGCCUCCUACGUCCCUCGAGUCCUCCCCUCCGCUUCUUCGUUCACCGUGACUGGCUGCCUCCCCAGAUUCGCAACGCCGCGGCGCUCGAAUCCCGCUCUGUAACCCUCGCUCCGUGACGCCCGCACUGCACGGGGGCACCGCGGCCCAAGACAGGCGCUGGUCUCUAAUACACGAACGGAACGAGCAAACGGAGGCACGAGGAAAAAGAGCACCGCCAGCAGCGCCCGGAGCCCAGGAUACCGCGGCGGGGACGGAGAAGCCGAGCCCACGCACGUAUCCGUGAAUCGGGAUCUGCAAAGGAUAGCCUAGCGCCAAACGACGUGACUAAUCCCCGCUCACGCGGCGCUCCCAGCCGCCAAUGGAAACAGCUUUCGAGCCGCCUUCUCCACGCGCCAUACUCAUACGGACCAAUGGGUGAGCCCUUCAGGGAAUGCCGCCCCCUGUCCACGAGCCUCCUCUCCUCUCCAGCCAAUGUGAGCGGCCUGCGUGGCCUUCGAGGGGGCGGGGUGGCGGUCUUAGCGCGUCAUCCAGGAAGGCGCGCGGUGCUGGAACCCUCUUCUCAUAACGGCGAGUCCAGGCCCAACCGACAGAAGAUGGGGGUUCCGGCAACCAGGCGCUGCAUGGAAUGGCUGUUGGGCCUCUAUUUCCUCACUCACAUCCCCAUGACCCUGUUCAUGGACCUGCAGGCGGUGCUGCCGCGCGAGCUCUACCCGGUCGAGUUUAGAAACCUGCUGAAGUGGUAUGCUAAGGAGUUCAAAGACCCGCUGCUACAGGAGCCCCCAGCGUGGUUUAAGUCCUUUCUCUUCUGUGAGCUUGUGUUUCAACUGCCUUUCUUUCCCAUCGCAACAUAUGCCUUUCUCAAAGGAAGCUGCAAGUGGAUUCGAACCCCUGCGAUCAUCUACUCAGUUCACACCAUGACAACUUUAAUUCCAAUACUCUCCACAUUUCUGUUUGAGGAUUUCUCCAAAGCCAGUGGUUUUAAAGGACAAGGACCUGAGACUUUGCAUGAACGGUUAACCCUUGUAUCUGUCUAUGCCCCCUACUUACUCAUCCCAUUUGUUCUUUUAAUUUUCAUGCUCCGGAGUCCCUACUACAAGUAUGAAGAGAAAAGAAAAAAAAAAUGACGGAAACAACCAUUGGCCCAGGGUAGAGAUGCCUACAGGGCGGUUGUUUGUUGGAUACAAGGAACACUGCUCAGAAUCCACGUCUUCAGCAGUAUUUGAAACACUGGCAACAACACACAAGAGCAAGAUGGUAUCAGGAACCAUGUCAAACCCUUUUUUUUUUUUUUUUAUUUAAAGACAGUCUCACUCUGUUGCCCAGGCUGGAGUGAGGGGCAGUGGCAUGAUCUCAGCUCACUGCAGCCUCUGCCUCCUGGGCUCAAGUGAUCCUCCUUAAGCCUCCCGAGUAGCUGGAACUAUGGGUGUGUAGCACCAUGCAUGGCUUUUUUUUUUUUUUUUUUUUGAGGAGACGGGGUUUUGCCAUGUUGCCCAGGUUGUUCUUGAACCUAGUAGGCUCAAGUCAUCUGCCCACCUCAGUCUCUCUAAGUGCUGGGAUUACAGAUGUGACCACCUCAGUCUCCAUAAGUGCUAGGAUUACAGAUGUGACCACCUCAGUCUCCGUAAGUGCUAGGAUUACAGAUGUGACCACCUCAGUCCCCUUAAGUGCUGAGAUUUUAAAUGUGAGCCACUGGGCCCAGCCCAAACUUUCACCUUCUGAGGGAACUGGGAUGAACAGACUGAUUGGCUUAAAGUGGGGAAAGGGAUGUAGGCUGGGUUAUAGGGAAGUGGUACUGAAUACCUGACUAUAUGCCUAAGUUCCGCUGCAAGAUUAUUAAAGCAGGACCAGACCAGAAAUUGCUAAAGAACAUGGCCUGCUUGACAUUUUCAUGAGUCACCUGACCCACAGGAUAUAUGCUGCUUAUGACUAAACCCUCCACUCCUGAUUCCCUAGAGUAUAUCAACCUAUCAGCAACAUGAACAGUGCAAUGUUUGGGGCCAUUUUAAAAUGGGAAAUUUUGUCUUUGUAAUAUUAAUUCAAAACUAUGUCAUGUUUUCUUGUCCCCACCUCUAACCCAAGGAAAAAAGAAAAUACUAUGCAAAGGAAGUUUAGUUUUCUUAAGGUUUAGCCCUACAAUGACUUUCAGUCAGAAAUGGGUUAGAUUGUAAAAUGUUGGCCGGGCGCGGUGGCUCACGUCUGUAAUCCCAGCACUUUGGGAGGCCGAGGCGGGUGGAUCACGGGGUCGAGAGAUCAAGACCAUCCUGGUCGUCAAGGUGAAACCCUGUCUCUACUAAAAAUACAAAAAAUUAGCUGGGCAUGGUGGCGCGUGCCUGUAAUCCCAGCUACUUGGGAGGCUGAGGCAGGAGAAUUGCCUGAACCCAGGAGGCGGAGGUUGCGGUGAGCCAAGAUCGCGCCAUUGCACUCCACCUUGGGUAACAAGAGCGAAACUCUGUCUCAAAAAAAAAAAUGUUUUUGUUUCUGUUGUAAACAGAUCCUAGGAGGUUUUUUUGUUGUUUUGUUUUUGAGACAGUCUUGCUCUGGGCAUCUGUGGCAUGAUCUCAGCUCACUGUAAUCUCUGCCUCCUGGAUUCAGGUGAUUCUCCUGCCUCAGCCUCCUGAGUAGCUGGGGACCACAAGCACAUGCCACCACGCCGAGCUAAUUUUUGUAUUUUUAGUAGAGAUGGGGUUUUACUAUGUUGGCCAGGAUUGUCUCUAUCUCUUGACUUCAUGGUCCACCCACCUUGGCCUCCCAAAGUGUUGAGAUUACAGGUGUGAGCCACUGCACCCAGACGUCUUUAAGUUACUUUAUUUCUAAACCUUAGUUUUCCACGUUUCUGGAGGCCACCUGACACAAGUCCCUUUAUCUGAAGUCUAGCAUCUCAAGCCUGAUCUGGAAGUGUGCUCCCUAGUGGAUAACUUCAUCCUUCUAAUAUAGUUCAGUCAUUCCCAUCUUGUUCUCAGAAGGGAAGGUGGCUGCAGCCAGGCACAACAUAGUCAUUGUGUGCAUAUAGGGUCUCCUCACGUUGGUGCUUGGCAUUCCAUCAGCUUUCUCUAAAUCUGUGCUCAAGUCCAACCUUAAAAUGAUGUUACACAGCAGGUCCCAGUCAGUUCCCUCAAUUUUCACCCACUUUGCUCAAAAGCCAUAUUGGUCUGAUUAGUGGUAUUGUCUUGACUCGCGUGUCUGAUCCAAAUGUAGCUGCUGAACACUGCCUGGUUUGUUUUCUGGACCGGGGGAUAGGGAAUCUAUCACAAUGGGUUAAACAUAUUUCAAGGGCAACAGGAAAAAAGGUACAUCAAGCCAUUUGAAAACAAAUGUAUUGCUUCUCCUUCCAAAGCUUUGUAAAUUGACAAAAAAAAAAGGACCAAAGUUUACAAACUGUUUAGUUCCAACUAGGAGCAUAAGAGGUGAGAACAUGCACUGCAUGGUCACCAGCAGCAGCUGUGUGCUGAUGUUUAAAAACGGGCUCCCCCAGACGCAGGGGGCUGCCUUCCUUACACGCCACCUCUUGUGACAUAGGUCACUGGUGAAGCCGCUGGAAUGGUACAGAGGUUUUUUUGGUUUUGAGGAGCUUUUUUUGUUUUGCCUUCCUGCUAUAAAAGUGAAAUUUUCAGUUCAUUUCUGAAAAAUAAAUUGGUCAAUAAAUUCA